GAGGUCUGCUUUUGGGUCGUUAGGGCGGACGGACUCGCCGAUGUCCGUGUCGUGUCGGCGGUCGGUGGGGGAGACCGGGGGUGAGCUGGAUGCUUUGUUUCGUGUUGGUGUUGGUCUUUGUUGUUUGGGUUGUUCCGUGAUUGGACUUGGUGGAGUUACAACGGUGGCUUUAUCCUUGAUUUCUCGAUGCUAUGAUUACAGGAUGUGAGCAGGCAAGAUACAGACGGGGUUGAAUGAAAC